AAAAAACCAGAAGAAGAAAAAGACUUCAAUUCCCAGAAUGCUGUGAAAGAUUAGCUGCUUGUCCGGGACUCACAUGGUACAUACAGUUAACAAUGACCCCCGUCUCAGCUGCUGACUGCUAGCGUGCUGUCACACGGUGCAAAGAAGCAAAGGUCAACAUUUUCUCUUCCAACAACAGCAUGGAGCCUUUUAGCUGCCAUUUCAUCACACCAGAAAAUGCUUUAUUCUGUUCUCCUCUAACUCUGGAAGGAAGGGGAUAAAAGAAGAAGCAAUUUUUUAAAAAGWUUUUCUCGUUUUAUUUUCUGUCCAGUCCUAAGUUUGGCAGCUUUUUGAUUUUAAAGCCAUUCCUCACAUGCUGAUCUACAUCUCAAAGUGACCACGAACCAGCUGCCACCAUGGUGGCCGACGAUACGGUGGUAAGUGGGGACCGAUCAGAGGAGGAGAAGGAUCUGGAAGUGCCUCCGCCUGAAGAUGUGGAGGUGCACGGCGACCUGGAGGAGGCCGCUGACGCAACACGCGAGGCCCAGUCUCCAUCAGGGAAUUCCACAGAGGACACCGGCGGCGUCAAAAAAUUAACAUGUUCGGUGAUCUACCUGUGUUUCUACGGGUUYAUGACUUCAGUAAGGCCCGGGGAGGCGUUCAUAACGCCGAACAUGCUGAGCUUGGAGAAGAACUUCACCAGGGAGCAGGUGACCAAUGAGAUCACUCCAGUGCUGACGUACUCCUACAUGGCAGUGCUGGUGCCGACCUUYCUGCUAACAGAUUUCCUGCGCUAUAAGCCCAUUCUGAUCAUCCAGGGCAUUUGUCAGGUGGUGAUCUGGAUCUUCAUGCUGCUGGGCACCUCGCUGCUUCAGAUGCAGCUCAUGGAGUUCUUCUACGGCAUCACCAUGGCCUGCCGCGUGGCCUACUCCUCCUACAUCUUCUCACUGGUCAACCCGGUCAUGUACCAGCGUGUGGCGGGCUACUCCCGCUCCUCGGUUCUGUUGGGAGUUUUCACCAGCUCUGUUCUGGGCCAGCUGUGCUUGUCUCUGGGCAACAUCACCUAUUACACCCUCGAUGCCAUCUCUUUGGGUUUCGUGAGCUUUGGGUUGCUGCUCGCGCUGUGCCUGCCCUGGCCCAAACGCUCCUUGUUUUUCAACCGGGAGAAGAACCCGGAACAGAGGGAGCUGAUGGCAGUGGCUCAGCCUGAGGUGGACAAAGUCAACCCGGAGAAGAAAUCGUUGGCCUCAGCGCUGCGCUGGAAGGAUUCUGUUUUCGUUCAGAUGCUGCUGGAGUUGAAAAAUGUGGUGAAGAAGCCCAACCUGAGGCUCUGGUGCCUGUGGUGGGUGUUCAACUCCACGGGCUACUACCUGGUCCUGUUCUACGUCCACAUCCUGUGGAACAAAGUCAACGAAGAGAACAAAGACAAGCCRGUUUACAACGGGGGCGUGGAGGCUGCUGCGAUGUUACUGAGUGCAGGAACUUCCUUUGCGGCAGGCUUCGCCAAGAUUCGCUGGAACCUCUUGUCCGAGCUCGUUAUCGGUAUUAUCACAGCGUUGCAGGCGGGCCUGCUGCUCCUCAUGGGAAACACGGGCAACAUUUGGGUCUGUUAUGCUUCUUACAUCCUCUUCAGAGGUUUCUACCAGUUCCUGGUGCCAAUCGCCACUUUCCAGAUUGCCUCGUCGCUCACAAAGGAGCUGUGUGCUCUGGUGUUUGGCAUCAACACCUUCCUGGGAACAGUACUAAAGAGCAUCAUCAACCUGGUAUUCUCCGACAAGAGGGGCCUGGGGCUGGAUGUGCAAUCUCAGUUCCUGGUGUACUUCAUCUACCUGACAAUCCUUACCGUGGUGUACUUCAUCUGUGCUGCCGUGGUGCUCAUCCGUCACUUCAGGAACCGGCCGGGGGAGGCAGCUCCGGUCACGGAGCUCAGCCCAAUGACGGUAAACACAGAAGCAGAACCUUUGUCAAAUGGCAAUGGUGCCGUACCUUAAAGGUGAAGAACACUUCUUUUUUUUUUUUUAAUCUCGAGUCGUGUUUUCACCAACGAGAUGUUGAUCAUUUUAACCCACUGAUGAUGACGUUCAGUGUUACCUUUGAGCCUUCAUCAUAUUAGUGCCUCGUCUGCUGUUUAAAGCUGCUGCACCUCAUAAAUCAAACUGUGUAAAUAGUUUUAUUAUUUCUAAGUAGUUUGGAAAAAUCCUGUUUAUACACAAAUAAGUUUAGUUCUUUUUGUGUCAUUUUGAGCGCUAUUUCAUUACAUCAGUCUUAUUGUACUUUAAUACAAUAAUCACUUUUUAAUAAUCUUAAAAAGAUCUAAGRCUUUAGGAAAGUGUUGCUUUAGUUAUGAAAAAUCAUGUCUGAUCAAAUUAGAUCAUGAAUGAUGUGAAUUUAAACUGCCAAUUUUCAUCCAGGUUAGAUUAUUUUAUUUUAUUUUAUUUAUUUUAAUUUUUUUGGUUGUUGUAAUAAUUUKUUUUAAUACAAAGAAGCCACACAAUGAAGAGGCAUAUUGUUUAGUAUUUGAUACAUUAUAUCUGGUUUUUACACUUUUUAUAGAUUUUCCUACAAAGUGUUGAGUUGCAGCAUCUUGKCCAACAAAAUAAAGGAUUUGGCUUUGCUGUAAACAGGAAAAAGAAUUCCUGCUGCUUUAUUUACAGGAACAGGGUUGUUGAAUGUAAGAAGAGAUAAAAACAUAGGAGUACAGUGUUAUUCAGCAGGACAGAUUGUUUUUAAUGAAUUAUUUUUUUUUCAUGUUUAAUGCUACAAUAGAUUGUCAAGUUUGCUCACUUUGGAACAAACAGGGUUUAAUUUGUUUUAGGAACAAUUCUGUGUUUUAUUUUGAUUUAAGAAAAAGGCCUGAGAGUGCUCUAUAAAAGAAAAUCAGAUGUUUAUUUUUUAUUCACAAAUAAAAUACAUUUUUUUCGGA